AUGCCUUCGAGGUUUGACCUCUUCGGCGCGCUCACCGCCACGCCGCGCCCCGUCGCGUUCAAGCGGCACGGGUCCAAGUCGAAGUCGCACCAGGCUGCAGUGCAGAUGUUGCUGUCCGGCAAGGGCGUUGGCAAGAGGAAGAAGGUCCGCGCUAUGGCUUUCUGCCUCGCCGAGGCCGCGAUUGCCGGGGCGAGGGGCUUGACGAUCACGCAGGACAGCCGGAAGCGCAAGCUCCUCAUGCGCUUCACGGCGGCCAGCGACGACCUCGUCGUCCGCGAGAGGGUGCUCGGCCACAUCCAGCUCGAGCAGGGGGCAGGUGCAGAUGAUUUGAUGAAGGCGUCGAUGCGCAUCAUCGCCAACUUCUGCGCGCCGCCGCGCAACGGGGCGAGGGCGAAGGUCGACCAGGCGUUGCUCAAGGCGGCGCAGCACAAAGUCGAGCAUUACUCUGCUGACGCAGCCCCGGACGAGCAGCUCGCUGGCAACUUGCUUCGCGGCAGGCCUUACCGAGUGUCUCAGAGUUGGUUCUCGUCCAACGUUGCGCGCUUGCAGGGGCAUUUCAUUGCCAACUUGCGGAUCCAAUGCGUGAGCAUGUGCGCUUGCCUCUCUGACAGCCGCUCGAAGCCGACGGGCCGCGGGGUGCUCUUCUACGAGCCGUGCUUGCCCACUGCGAUGCAGAUCGCGCAGGUCCGCAAUGGCAGCUCGGAGGGCGACAUUGCCGCCGACUUCCUGGGCUACGUGGACGAGGAGAAGUUAAUUCAGCUGGGGAUGCUUGCCGACGCUGGGGGCGAGGCUUCGGCGCGCGCGCGGACCUGCGAUUCCGACGACUUAGACGAGGCGGAGCUGCCGAGCCACAACGCGUUUUUCUUGCAGCGCAUCGCCAUGCUCUUCGUCGAGUCUCAUUGCUACGACCUCGGGUGCACGAAGUUCGUGCACGAUGCUGUGGUGAAGAGGCCAGUGGCGAUCUUUGCGCGGGGCCAUCCGCGGACCAUAGGCGGCCCCGGCAGCUCGAGAUCAGGGAGCUUUGCGCCCGAGAUCAAGGAGCGCUGCAGAACCCGCAUGGUCGCAUGGUGCCGCCUCGCUCAGGCUACGUUCAAGGCCGAAUGGCCACAUUUCGAAGAGAUGGCAGCCUCUGACGCUUUCAACUUGCAGACAGUUGGGCGGCACGCGCUGGAGGCGAAGACUGCAAACGAGGCCCGCUGCGAAAUGAUUGCGAACGCGCUUGGCCUCGACCUGCCCGCGUUGCUGAAUGGGUAUUUAAGCGUGCUUCCUGUCGCUUUGCAGAAGAAGAAAGCGAGCCCUGGUCUUGCCAACGUCGAGGCGUGGAGGAUGGCGAUGUCCCAUUCUAAGGCUGCGCGCAAGGACCGCGCGGGAUCGUUCAAGCAGCCUCAAUGGGCGGUGGAGCAGCGGCGCAGUUCUUGCUCUGACGCGUUGGAGAACGAUGAGAUCCAAAUUGCGUGCUGGGAGAAGUGCAUGGGCAGGUCGACGAUUGCGGAGGUUGCUCAAGGAGCGUGGCAGCUACGCAAGCACGGCCCCCCUCGCACCCCAGGACCAUGGGGCCGCAUCGACAAGGGGGCCCCGAAGAAGAACAUCAAGCGCAAGGUCGCCGCGCUGAUGGGCCCCGAGAAAGCUUGGGUCGAGAGGCGUCGCCAAGGAGUCGAAGACAUGAUGGCCCGCGCCGGGGGGGUGGCGCGUAGCCGGGCCGUCGCCAAGGCACGGCGUGAAUCGGCGCGCGGCGGCGGGUGGACUGAUCCCCACAGUCGCCAAGAGACCACCUUGAGACAUAAGCGAAUGGAGUACUUCGUGGACAGCAUCAUGGAUGGGGCGACUGCUGUGAAUGAUUUGAGCGAGGAGAUGUGCCGCGUCGUGCUCCAGGAGGUGGAGCGUCGAAGGAAGGCGUCGCUAAGCCGCAGUGCGAAGUGGCGGCGCAAUGAUGAUGCGUUCACAGGGCCGAAGCGGAGUCUCGAGGGGCUGCGCUUGUUUGUGGAGAAGGACGUGGACGUUUGCGAGGUCGACCUCGUUCGCAGCAUCAGGAAGGACAACAUGGCGCGAACUGCGGACCGGUCCCAAGCUGACAUCUACGUGGUCGGCAUGCUCAGCGCACAGCAGGGGGCUCCGAUUGCUUGCGAGUGCGCGGCCAAGAAGCGCAGGCAGGUCUUCGCCACCGACAGCUUCAUCGAGGCCCACCCGGUCGUGCACGGUGCGAUUCGCACGUGCUACACCAUGCAGGGCACUACUUGGACGCGGCUGAAGUCGGCCAACGACGUGAGGGACAAGAACCCCACCCCGAAGCAGGCAGGGCGGGGCGCGGAGUUGCCGGCGCUGGUCUCGCUCAGGGAGAAGCGCGACCUCCCCGAGGAUCUCGGGAUAUAA